AUGGCUACAAAGAGAAAAUGUAUGACGUUAGAGGAACGUGUAAAGUGUAUCAAAUUAUUAGAACAAGGCAAAAGUUCACAUGUCAUUGCAACUGAAAUGGGUGUUGGUCGUACCCAUGUUCAGGGUGUUCUUAAGAGAAAACACAAGGUCAUGGAUGAGUAUGAGGGAAAUGGUAAUCUUGAGAUAAAACGGCAGCGACCUAAUUCUGAGUUUGUUGAUUUGAACACGCUUGUGUAUAGGUGGUUUAUGGAUGCUACCGCCCGUCUAGUGAAUGUGACUGGUCCGAUGAUACAAGAGAAAGCCCGAUCACUCGAAGUGGAGUUGAAACUUACUGACUUUAAGGGUUCAAAUGGAUGGCUAGAUAGAUUUCUUAAGAGAAACAACAUUGUGUUUAAGUCGCGUGUUGGUGAACGUGGGGAAGUGUGUGAGGAUACUGUGAAAAAUUGGAAAGAAAGUGUUCCAGAAGUGUGUCGAGGAUACGAUCCAUCUGAUAUUUUCAAUAUGGACGAAAGUGGACUGUUCUACCGUGAUACCGCUAAAACAACAUUCUUUGAGAAAGGUGAUUCGUGCAGUGGAGGAAAAGCCUCAAAACAACGCAUCACAAUAGCAUUAUGUGCUUCGAUGACUGACAAACUGCCAGUCCAGUACGAGUCUAACAACAAGGCUUGGAUGCUGACAAUGCUGUUUGAGAAAUGGGUAAAAGACCUUGACAAACGAAUGCGGGCACAGAAUCGUAAGAUACUCCUUCUGCUAGACAACGCACCUGUCCAUCCAGAUAUCACAUUGAAGUAUAUACCACCCAUGGGGGAAAUACCUUUCAGUGAAAUAUAUGCUUGGAUCUUGAGAAUGGAACUUUGA